AUGGGUCGUCAAUUCUUUGUUGGUGGUAAUUUUAAAGCUAAUGGUACUAAACAAUCAGUUAGUUCAAUUAUUGAUAAUUUAAAUAAAUCUAAUUUACCUUCAGAAGUUGAGGUUGUUAUAUGUCCUCCUUCUUUAUAUUUAGAUUUAGCAGUUCAUGAAAAUAAACAAAAAACAGUUUCAAUUGGUGCUCAAAAUGUUUUUAAUAAAAGUUGUGGUGCUUUUACUGGAGAAAUUUGUGCUGAACAAUUGUUAGAUUUAAAUAUUAAUUGGACUUUAACUGGUCAUUCUGAAAGAAGAACUAUAAUAAAAGAAUCGGAUGAAUUUAUUGCUGAAAAAACUAAAUAUGCUUUAGAUAAAGGUUUAUCAGUUAUUUUAUGUAUUGGUGAAACUUUAGAUGAAAGAAAACAAAAUAUCACUUUGGAUGUUUGUGCACGACAAUUAGAUGCAGUAUCAAAAAUUAUAAAAGAUUGGUCAAAAAUUGUUGUAGCUUAUGAACCAGUUUGGGCUAUUGGUACUGGUUUAGCAGCUACUCCAGAUGAUGCAGAAGAAACUCACAAAGGUAUUAGAGAUCAUUUAAGAAAAACAAUUGGUGAAGAUCAAGCUGAAAAAAUUCGAAUUUUAUAUGGUGGUUCUGUUAAUGGCAAAAAUGCAAAAGAUUUCAAAGAUAAAGCAAAUGUUGAUGGAUUUUUAGUUGGUGGUGCUUCAUUAAAACCUGAAUUUGUUGAUAUUAUUAAAUCAAGAUUAUAA